CUUGCCGCAGGCGCUGAGGCUCGUUCCCUAAGGGUCCGGUUCACUUCAAGAUGAGACGGCCCCGUGGCACUCUGAGCUGGGAUUAACAAGCAGGCAGCAGUUUGUCCCAACGGCAGCUCGCUGAAGCCUAUCCAGUACUGUCAACAGCCGCUUUCACCUUCAGGCAUUUGAUAUGUUGAUGGAAGUUAGUUACAGUAAUGGACUGGAGGCUGAUCUUUCCCAGCAUUAUCCUCCACCCUUAUUACCAAAACCAGGCAAAGACAAUGCAAAGCUUCAGAAAAUCAAGAAAAAGAGAUCCAAGAGAAAAGGUAGCCUCUCUCAGACGCCUGUACCCUUCCGCUCCUGCUUGUCGCCUGUCAAUGAAGCAAGCACAGACCUCGAGUACAGUGACCAGUGCAGCCCAACAAGGACACCGGAACCAAGGACACCAGAUUCACUUGACACUGCAGACUCCACGGUGUCUGGUUUCCCCUUUGGCUCACUCUAUCACCAGCCUGCACCUGCAUUCCCUCAUACUCAGAGCAGACCCCACAGCCAAACUGGCAGCUUCUCUGCUCAGCCUUACACACCUCAGGUCAGAAUGUCUGACGAGGUGGUGGCUCCAUUGUACGAGUGCUCCUCUUUUCUAUUUGAUGAUGCUACAAUUCCGCCAUCAACUUCACCUCUACCAGAACCACCUGAGCUGAUUUUAGCACCCCCUUUUCCUACUGCUAUGAGUUUUAACAUGACACCACAUCCCCAUGGGUCAGUCACAACAAUCGUCCCACCGCAAACCUCAGUGCCAAAGCAAAGUGCUGAGAUAUCAACUCAUAGCCUGACCCUCUCCUCAGCUGCCCACAACUGUAGCUCAGAUUGCGCACCUUCUCAUAUUGCAGACCUACCUCCUGUUCCACUGUUACCAUCAGUUGAUGCCAAGCAAAUUUUUACUGUCAGCCAGAAGGAGACAAAUGCAAAAUCAUUGAUCAACCCUCCAAACCAUUCAUUUUCUUGGACUGCGAGACCUGAUAGGAGUUGCAAUUCCCUCAUAAACCAGAUGCCUACUGAAGUAGUUGCCUCAAAGGUAUCGUUUGUUAAAGCAGUGAGAGAAAAAAGGCCUGACACACCACACACCAGGAUUUAUACAUCAAAAGCAACAUUUUAUGAGAUUUCUAAGCCACCUUCCUUCCAGGACCUCACAGAAAUAAAUUCACCCAUCCAGGCUCCAUCAGUUUCAGUCAUAUACAAGGAUAAAAUAGCAGUCUCAGCUGUAUCCAGGACACCAAGCGGAAGACCAAAGACUCCUGCCUGCACACCGUCACGGUUGACACCUCUUUAUGAAAUGUCCAAACCUAAUCCUCUGCUAUUUGCUGCAGGUCCUGCGUUUAACUCACUGAAAGAUUUGCAAGCUCCUGAUAUUAGCAAUGAUGCUCCAAGAAACCAAUCAGCAAUGAAAGCCAGCAGCAGGGCUUCCAGGACUACAGAAGAACUGAAGCAGACUGAUUUUAAUCACAAGCUGCCAAAAAAGAACAUUUCUCCAGGAGAGACAGCAACAGGUAGUGACAUGAAACCGUCCAUAUUUAAAGGAGAUGUGAUUGAUUCUGCCUCUCUGCCUCAGGACUCAGUCUCAGUCAAAGCUCCAUCCCCAAACAGAGGAACGUCACUGCCAUCUCUGCAAAAAACUGGACUGAAAGACAUUCUGAAGACCAAAUCUACAGUUGGCCCAGAGGACGCCCUUGCACCCUUUUCGAAGUCAGCGACAUCAACUGCAUUUUCAACUGCUGACAACAAUGUUAGAACAGUAGAGACAUCCCCACCAUCCACUGAGUCCAAGUCAACUCAGAAGCCAAAAGGCCUUAAAGCAAAGCUCAGUGGAUGGUCCCGACUCAAAAAACACAUGAUUGUUGAAGAGGAAGAACCCAAGUUUCCUGAGCCAGAGGAGAAAUCACAGCUUGAUUCUAGUGAUGCUGAUGGCAUUGGCGACAAGGACACAACACAAAAAAGUACCAAUCAACAGCUGCUGAACAACAAAGACAACCCAAAGGCCUUGAAGAUGUGGGAUGCACUCCUCUUUCAGAUGUUCUCCACCAAAGAGAGGAUCAUGCAGCAGAUCAAUGCCCACAAAAAAGAUUCAGACACAAAAAAAUCCUCUAAAGACAACCAAGAAGAGGUUGCAUCUUUUGUCAAUCGGCUGCCAAUUUUACUGUACAGCCCCCGUUUCGAUGCCAGGAAGCUUAAAGAGGCAGCGGAGAAACCACUUACCAAAAUUGCUACUGUGUUUGAAAGGGGUUUGCUGAAGCGAAAAUCUCAGGAAGAUGAGCACAAGGAUUUCAACCGAAAAGCUAAAGGAUUUGGUUCACAGAAAACUAAAGACAUGUAA